AUGGGCCAGAACCCCCCCGGAACAAACCGCUAUCCGGACACCACGAGAGAGAUGUGUCGCCAGGAAACAAGGUGUACUCGGGCUAGUACACCCACCAGGACACCGGGACGGGAUGACGGAACCGGUCGGGCUAACAUGCCAGCCAGCCACCCUUACAGGAACAGCCAAGGACAACAGGAAGGCCUUUCAACUUCCGCAGGCGGCUCGAUCCAGCGGACAUUAUACACAUGCCUUCACACUCGUUGCGGAUGGGAUCUGAACUCCUGCAACCACGCUGGAAUAACCUCCGCCACCCCACACCGUACAAUAUUCACCUCACCAGCAGCCCCGCACUCUCCUGCCCGCUGA